AUGGAAGCAGCAGAAAUAGAAAAAACAGAAGAGUGGAAAGAAAACGAGUGGAAUAAGUGGAAAUUGAAAUUAGAAGAUAAUUGGAAACAAAAAAACGAGUGCAUCCAGAAUAUAACAAAGGAGUGGAAUGUAUGGAUGCAAAACAUGCAACAUAAAUGGACGCAUUAUAUUGAAAAUAUGGAUGAACCGCAUAAAUCUUAUAUCCUAGAAAAAUCAUUAACAUGGAAUAAUGCAGAUUGGGAAAAUUGGGUUAAUACGGAACUUAAAGAAUUCAUUGAAAACGACUGGCAAAAUUGGAUUAAUCAAAUCGAAUCACAGCUUUACACAUUGAUAGAGGAUAAAUGGAUCCACUGGAGAAGCUACCAAAUCUUGAUGUGGCUCAAGAGCGAUUGGAAACAUGACGAAAACAUAUACUGGUUAAUGAAGGAAUAUAUAGAAUGGAACAAGCCUUCGAAGGUACAAAAUACGGGAGAGUGGCUUAAAUGGAAAGAAAGAGUAUACAAACAAAGUCUAGAAUGGUUAAAUUGGGUACAAAAUAAAGAGAAAAUAAUUGAAAAUAUUAAGUUCAGUAGUUGGAUGCGAUGGAAAGAUGACAAAAAUAAAAUUUUUAAUCAAUGGAAGGAAUCUUUUCUGAAUAAUUUGAUACGUGAGGAACAGUGGAAUUCAUUGUUUAACGAUAAGCAGACAUUAUUUUUGAGAUAA